ACGAAAGCAAGCUUCGACGCGGGGAUUGCUCGUACAGGCCCCACUAUCCCCGCCAGAUUCUGCUUCGCAUCUUACCUUUGGAUGCCACCACUGGUAGUGCCGUCGUUGUGAAGCGCAAUUUGAGGGUGCUGAUUCCUUGCGACGCUUUUAAUUGAAGGGCGAGGUUGUUGGGUUGUGGUGCUGACGAUCGUGGAAUAAGCGGGGGUGACUGUCUUCGUUGCAUUUGGAUUUUCGGAUGAAGGAAGGGGGAAUUGUUUGAUCGGGGAAAUCAGAUGUGGGUGUAGAGGUGGAGCGUUGUCGCGGUGGCUUGAUUUGAGUGGGAGUGACGGAGUGUGCAGUGAGCUGAGGUGUGGGUACUAAGUGGGGUUGCUUGCUAGAGUGGUUAUUGUUUCGGAGGGAGUGUUCUGCAGGGGGUGAAGGUCUGUGGUCACUGUUUGUGGUAAUGGGGUGUGAUUUGUGCGCUGUUGCGAUUUGCAUUGCGAAUUCCACCGGUGCUGGGAAGUUCUGCACUGUGCUGUUUUAGAUUUUGCCUGUGCACUGUCUUAAUGUACUGCAGGGUUGGUCUUUUACGGCGUGUUUCUUAAAUUGGCCAUCUUCUGGCGGGGUUUCGCACACCCAGUUCGAUUUCUUGUUGAAGGUAGCUGGGACCUUUGAAAAUGCGGAUUUCGAAGCGCAUUAUUCUCUAUCGUGCUGGGGGAAUAUCAUGGAAAUUCUCGGAAAAGGCUUUCUUUUUGUGACCGGUCGCACACAUAGCAAAACUCCAACUCCGGAAGAGCGUGAAGUGCAGAGUAGAUUAAAGUGGAGCUUUUUAGACUAGUUAAGUUCAAUCGUGGGGGCGUUUGCAACAGUUUUCAUUGGGUGGAUUCCUUGGUUUAACCCACUGAGAGAUCAGGACUGAGGUUUGAGAUUCGGAACAAGUGUUGAAAAGGGCGUAGCAGUUGGUUGAAGUGGAAAGCCGCAAUGGGUUUUACUGAAGAGAGCUUUCACAGCCACAGUCAUUCUGGCGAAGAUAGCGGAGACGAAUUGCUAUCUGCAUUGCCAAGGCACACUAAAGUAGUGGUUACAGGAAACAACCGCACCAAAUCGGUUUUGGUUGGUCUUCAUGGGGUCGUCACGAAGGCUGUUGGCUUGGGAGGCUGGCAUUGGCUUGUACUUACAAACGGGGAUGAAGUGAAGCUCCAGCGCAAUGCAUUGAGUGUGAUUGAGGGCCCUAGUGGUCUUGAAGAAGUAGAGGACAACGAGGAUUAUUCAUUUCCUAGCAGAACAAGCCAAGAAAACAAUAUUCGAAGGAACUCAUUUAGAGUACAACCGCGAAAGCUUGUAUGUCCUGUCUCGUCCAAUCCUGGAAUGGCAGGUCAAGUCGGAAAGACUACUCAAUGUGGUUACGCAAACGACAGAAGAGGAGGUUUCGUUGAACGCAGAAGUUCAUCUAGCAGAUGCUUACCGUCUGUGAAUUUUAGCAAGCUGGAGAUAGCUGCUCUGAAAAGAUAUCUAAGGCACUUCAAGCUGGUUGAAGGCGGUCCAAACUCAUCCAGAGAGCAGCUUGUGGAUGCAGUUUGUAGGCAUUUCAUGUCACAGGUUGAGUUGCAGAAACCUUUAAAUUGUGCCGUUCCGAGUACUCGCACAACAUACCAAGUUGCACAUGUCUUGCCUCCAUGAUAAUUAUGAAUCUCUACAAUAUUUUAGUUUUGCACAGGCCUUGGAACGUACUCUGUGAAGGCAAAAUCCGAUUCCCUGAGAGUUGUUUUGUCAUUGAAUUACAGGAGUUGGACGAGGGGAAAGUAAUUAUGGGUUUCAUGCGAGCUGCGAAGCGUUUACGAAUAUAGGCAGCGAGCUUGGGAAUACGAGUAUUAGCUUCUCCAUGAAGUCAAUAACCUGGGAAGCUCAGUGAUUGUUGGCAUCAAGUCAAAGAAAAAUCUUAGAUCGGCCAUGAUAGUCCGGUGUGGUCGACUGUAAAAAACUACUCACUCUUUACCUGCCCUCCUGUAUAUUAUAAACACUAGAGUGUAAAAGUUGAAAGUAUCUGACUAGGAUACACAUCCUUGGAGGGGACCUGUACAAAGGGAUACUUUAAAAAGCUUACGAUUCAAGCAGCGUUUGUUCAGACGUUGAAUCCUUUUCUCCCAA